CAGACCUGUGUAGCAGGAGGGCACAGCAGUUUGUCACCAUUUAAAACACGGCCCAAUACUCGGAUAAUCUGAAUUUUAGAAACGCUAAUGGAGUCCACUUUGUGGCGAAGAUGUAUCUCAUCGCAGUGUUCGUACUUUUGGGGACAGGACUGACAGUAAACAGCGAGAAACACUCCCUCAUGUACAUCUACACCGGCCUCUCCAAACCUGUCGGACUUCCGGGCAUCCAUGAGUUCACAGCUAUGGGUCUGUUGGAUGGCAUGAUGAUUGACUACUAUGACAAUGAUAUCAAGGAAAAAGUUCCCAAGCAGGCCUGGAUGAAGGAGGAAAUUGAAGCAAAGUACUGGGAGAAAGGCACACAGUCCCGCCAAAGCAAGCAGCAGUGGUUCAAAGACAGUAUUGACAACCUGAAGAAACGGAUUAAUCAGACCGACGAUGAUCUCCAUGUUCUUCAGUGGAUGGUCGGCUGUGAGUUUGAAACAGAGCCUGAUGGCAUGUUAAAGUUUGUUCGUGGUGUGCACAUGUACAACUAUGACGGACAAGACUUCCUGUACUUUGAUAAUGCACACUCAGUGUGGGUUGCUGCCACUGGUGCAGCAAUCCCAACCAAGAUACAUUGGAAUGGAUUCCCGAAGCUAAAAGAUUACACUAAAAACUACCUGGAGUAUGAGUGUAAACAUUGGUUAAAGAAGUUCAUGAAAUACAGGAAAAACCAGACCAGCGCUGCCUCUCCACCAGAUGUGUACGUGUUUGCCAAGAAAACCAGAAUUGAGAGAAACAUCACGUUGACCUGCCAGGCCACAGGUUUCUACCCAAAAAACAUCACCCUUAACAUCAAAAGGAACGGCCACAUUGUGACUAAAGAGGACGGGUUGACCGUUUGUCCAAAUGAAGACGACACCUACCAAAUAAGAAAAAGUGUGGAGAUUUUAAAGAGUGACAUUUCUUCAUUCACAUGUGAAGUCAUUCACAGAGCAUCUAAUAUGUCUGUUGAGAAGGCCUGGAAUCAUAAAGUUGACGAUGGAGGAAACAACGGAGGCAUUAUUGGUGGGGCGAUUGGGGGCCUGGUUGCUGUCGUACUCAUAGCUGUAGUGCUGGUGGUGUUGAAGAAAAAAGGGAAAUUUGGAGGUGCUACACCCGCCAACGGAUCCAAUCAAUCUCUCAACAGCGAUGGAACCGGCUCUUCUGGUUCUGGUGGUUCUGAAGUCCCCAAAAAUGAAGAUGUGGCCAACCCUCUCCUGGGUGGUGAGAAGGAAAAGACAGGGUCCAAGGAGUCUCUGGACAGCAAGGACUCUGGUGUAUCUGCUGGAUCUGCUGAACCUCAAAGUGAGAGAUACACUAAUGAGGAGACUGAGGAGAGUCUGGUUUAUUUGUGGAACGUCAUUUCAAGCCUCAGGAAAGAGAUUAGAAAAGUGUGA